AUGAAACUUAUAGUUUGCAAUGAGCUUCAAAGUAUAGAUACAACAAAAGUUUUAAACUCAGAUGCUUUGAAGAGUCUUAUAACAGAUAAAGUUGGAGUUGUUGAAAGAAAGUAUAAAGACCAAAGAGUUUGUGAAAAUGUUGCAAACUUCAUUAUGGUUUCAAACAAUGCUGUUCCGAUGAAGUUAGAAAGUUCUGACAGAAGAUAUGUAGUUGUCAGAACGUCAGAUUCUCAUAUGCAAGAUACAGAAUAUUUUGACGACUUAGCAGAAACUUUGACAUCUGACUUUUACAACCACUUGUUCUCAUAUUUCAUGGCAUUUGAUAUUUCUAAGUUCAAUCCAAGACAAAUUCCACAUACCGAAGAGAGACAAACAUUGUUAGAAGCAAACAAGAGUGUAUAUGAACUGUUCAUAGAAGAAAGCGACUUUGAGUGUUUAGAUGAAAAGUCUUUAUAUGAUGAAUAUAAACAAUAUUGUCAAGAAUAUGGUUAUAUGGCAGCUUCUAAACGUACAUUCUUGGCAAAUGUCAAAAGUCUUUUAGACGUACAGAAUGGUGUAUAUACAAAGAAAAAUUUUUCUGAGUAA